AGGUCUACCCCAGAGAGGUCCUAGGGCUGGUGGACAUGGCCGCCCUGGAGAAUGGGGAGCUGGGGCCCCUUCUGUCCCCUGGCACCCUGCGGAGUUUGGAGGAUGAGUGCGUCACAGAUGUUAAGGCUCAGACCCGGGCCGCCCUUCUCCGCGUGCUGCAGGAGGACGAGGAGCACUGGGGGAGCCUGGAGGACCAGCCCAGCAGCCUGGCCCAGGAUGUGUGUGAGCUGCUGGAAGAGCACACAGAGCGAGCACCCCGCAUCAGCCAGGAGUUUGGGGAGCGGAUGGCCCACUGCUGCCUAGGGGGGCUGGCAGAGUUCCUGCAGAGCUUCCAGCAGCGUGUGGAGCGAUUCCAUGAGAACCCAGGAGUCCGGGAGAUGCUACCUGACACCUAUAUCAGCAAGACCAUCACCCUGGUCAACUGCGGCCCCCCGCUGAGAGCUCUGGCCGAGCGCCUGGCCCGGGUGGGGCCCCCAGAAAGUGAGCCAGCCCGGGAAGCAUCUGCUAGUGCUCUGGACCAUGUGACCCGGCUCUGUCACCGUGUCGUGGCCGACCUGCUGUUCCAGGAGCUGCAGCCACACUUCAACAAGCUGAUGCGCCGGAAGUGGCUGAGCAGCCCGGAGGCCCUGGAUGGCAUCGUGGGCACGCUGGGCGCCCAGGCCCUGGCCCUGCGCAGAAUGCAGGACGAGCCUUACCAGGCGCUGGUAGCCGAGCUGCACCGGCGGGCGCUGGUCGAGUACGUGCGGCCCCUGCUCCGUGGGCGCCUGCGCUGCAGCUCCGCGCGGACCCGCAGCCGCGUGGCCGGCAGGCUCCGGGAGGACGCGGCGCAACUGCAGAGGCUGUUCCGGCGGCUGGAGUCCCAGGCCUCGUGGCUGGACGCCGUGGUGCCCCAUUUGGCUGAAGUCAUGCAGCUGGAAGACACGCCCAGCAUCCAGGUGGAGGUAGGAGUGUUGGUGCGCGACUACCCAGACAUCAGGCAGAAGCACGUGGCAGCCCUCCUCGACAUCCGUGGCCUACGCAACACAGCCGCCCGCCAGGAGAUCCUGGCCGUGGCCCGGGACCUGGAACUCUCUGAUGAGGGAGCCCUGUCACCGCCUCGGGACCGUGCCUUCUUUGCAGACAUCCCUGUGCCCCGCCCAUCUUUCUGUCUCAGCCUCCCUCUCUUCCUGGGCCGCCUCCCCCUCUCCCGGCUGGCCAGGCCCAGUUUGGCCUGUCUGCCUCGGCCCCGGCCUCCGUCUCUAGUGCGACCUCGGGCCCAGCGCUGAGGGUCACCCAGCUGCCUGCCUUAGUGACCCCAUCUAUGCUGCUGAGAAGCCAGCCUCCUGUACGGCACCCCUCCUGACUCCCUGCCUGGGACCACACACCCCUGGGAUAGAAAGACCCUUAGAUGUCUUCUCACCCAACCCCAAACUCCCUGUACAGAAGGGAAACAAAGGCCAGGCAUGGCGGCUCAUGCCUGUAAUCCCAACACUUUGGGAGGCUGAGGCCGGAGGAUUGCUUGAGCCCAGGAGUUCAAGACCAGCCUGGGCAACAUAGUGAGACCUGCCCCCCUAUCUCUACAAAAAAUAAAAAAUUAGCUGGGCAUGGUGGUAUGUGCCUGUAGUCCCAGCUACUGGGGAGGCUGAGGCUGGAGGAUCGCUGGAGUUCGAGGCUGCAGUGAGCUAUGAUUGUGCCACUGCACUCCAGCCUGGGCAACAAAGCAAGACCCUUUCUCAAAAAAAAAAAAAAAAAAAAAAGUAGGGGGAAACAGGCCAAAGAGACAAAGGAUUUUCCCAAGGCCAUGAAGCCUGUUCCCAGCACCUCCCCUCCUGCCAUAGCCCAGAGUGGUGAGUGUCGUUCUGGAAGUCUCUACAGAAAUAUCCCAGCUCCCCCGCCCCUUUCCCUCACCUCAAGGUCUGGCCCCAAUCCAAUGUAUUAAGGAACGUUCGAUACUUAGAAUAAAGAGGUUUCUAUUU